AAAUCGCAACUAUCUCGUCAACAAAAGGCGCCUCUCAGAAUUCCUCCAAAACUUUUGGCGUUGUCUAGCCCCGUGCGUUUCGAUCGGCGACCGUCACCGGCGGCGAUGAGCUCCAGGAUGGCCGGAUCGGCGCUCCUCCGCCACGUCGGCGGCGUCCGCAUCUUCACCGCGACGUUGAACUCUCCGGCGGCGGCGGCGGCGGCGAGGCCGUUCCUCGCAGGCGGAGACGCCGUCCCCGGGGUGUGGGGGAUGCGGAUGAUGUCCACGUCGUCCGUGGCGGCGACGGAGGAGGCAGCGAAGGAGGAGGCCAAGAAAGCGGGAGCGGAGAAGAAGGAGGUGGUGGUGAACAGCUACUGGGGGAUCGAGCAGUCGAAGAAGCUGGUGCGGGAGGACGGCACGGAGUGGAAGUGGUCUUGCUUCAGGCCAUGGGAGACCUAUACCGCAGACACUUCGAUCGAUCUGACGAAGCACCACGUGCCCAAGACGCUGCUCGACAAGAUCGCGUACUGGACCGUCAAGUCGCUUCGCUUCCCCACUGACAUCUUCUUCCAGAGGAGGUAUGGUUGCCGUGCGAUGAUGCUGGAGACGGUGGCGGCAGUGCCGGGGAUGGUGGGCGGCAUGCUGCUCCACCUCCGCUCCCUCCGGCGCUUCGAGCAGAGCGGCGGGUGGAUCCGCACGCUGCUGGAGGAGGCCGAGAACGAGCGCAUGCACCUCAUGACCUUCAUGGAGGUGGCGAAGCCGAGGUGGUACGAGCGCGCCCUCGUCAUCACCGUCCAGGGCGUCUUCUUCAACGCCUACUUCCUGGGCUACCUCCUCUCCCCCAAGUUCGCGCACCGCGUCGUCGGGUACCUCGAGGAGGAGGCCAUCCACUCCUACACCGAGUUCCUCAAGGACCUCGAGGCCGGCAAGAUCGACAACGUCCCUGCCCCUGCCAUCGCCGUCGACUACUGGCGCCUCCCCGCCGACGCCACGCUCAAGGACGUCGUCACCGUCGUGCGCGCCGACGAGGCUCACCACCGUGACGUCAAUCACUUCGCAUCGGACAUCCAUUACCAGGGCAUGGAGCUGAAGCAGACCCCUGCGCCGAUCGGAUAUCACUGAGGAUGUUUGUCUAAUGCUGAGGAUUUGCAUCGCUAAUAAUCAAAUGAGUCCUUCGUUUUUCAGGGAAAGCAAUUGAGAACUCUUUAGCUGUAUCGGAUCUGGCAUUUCGCUAGUAGAAACUACUACCGAGUACUGAAAAAUAAGGAAUCUCCUUGUUUGAAGUACAAAAUUUAGGGAGAUUUUUGAACCAUUUUGCUCUGAAUUGGACCUUUUUUUUUUCUCUUACGCCACACUGUCUACAUGUACAUAAAUUCCAUCCCCUGUCUUAUGCGUGGCAAGUGCAUUUCUAAA